AUGUUAAGAUUAACAACAGGGAGAUUUGUCUCUUCAACAACGACAACGACAUCCAAUUUAAUAUUCAAAAACUUCCUAAGAUUACAAUCGACCGCGGCUGGAUCAAUCCCUAAGACCCAGAAGGCCGUUGUCUUCUAUGAAAACGGUGGUCCGUUACAUUACAAGGAUAUCCCUGUCCCCAAACCUAAAGCUAAUGAAAUCUUAAUCAACGUCAAAUACUCAGGUGUCUGUCACACUGACUUACACGCUUGGAAGGGUGACUGGCCCCUACCUACCAAACUGCCUCUAGUCGGUGGCCACGAAGGUAGUGGUGUCGUCAUGCAAGUCGGUGAGAACGUCAAAGGUUGGAAAGUGGGUGACUUGGCAGGAAUCAAAUGGCUGAAUGGGUCAUGUAUGGCUUGUGAAUUAUGUGAAACUGGGAAUGAAUCCAACUGUGAACAUGCGGAUUUGUCUGGGUAUACUCAUGAUGGGUCCUUUCAACAAUAUGCUACUGCAGAUGCUGUUCAAGCAGCUAGAAUCCCAGAAGGGACUAAUUUGGCUGAAGUGGCUCCUAUCUUGUGUGCUGGUAUUACUGUCUAUAAGGCUUUGAAAGAAGCUGAUUUGAAAGCGGGCCAAUGGGUUUGUAUAUCUGGUGCUGCAGGUGGGCUAGGUUCCCUUGCUGUUCAGUAUGCUAAGGCAAUGGGCUAUAGAGUUAUUGGUAUCGAUGGUGGUAAGGCAAAGGAGGAACUGUUUAAAUCCAUGGGUGGUGAAGUAUUCAUUGAUUUCACAAAAUCUAAAGAUAUGGUGAAAGAUAUUCAAGAAGCUACCAAGGGUGGUCCACAAGGUGUUAUUAACGUUUCAGUUUCCGAGGCUGCUAUUUCAUUAUCGACACAAUACGUUAGACCUACUGGUACCGUUGUUUUAGUAGGGUUACCAGCUCAUGCAUAUGUUAAAUCCGAAGUCUUCUCUCAUGUUGUAAAAUCCAUUAAUAUCAAGGGUUCGUAUGUUGGUAACAGAGCUGACACUAGAGAGGCUUUAGAUUUCUUCGCUAGAGGUCUAAUCAAAUCUCCUAUCAAGAUCGUUGGUCUAUCUGAAUUACCAAAAGUAUACGACUUAAUGGAAAAGGGCCAAAUCCUAGGUAGAUAUGUCGUCGAUACUUCCAAAUAG